UGAGUUUUGUGUAUGGAGAAUCUAUUUAAAAACUAUUUGGCUGCAUGAAAAACACUUAAAUUGUGUUAUUUUAAAAUUUAUUUGGUUUGGGAAGGUAAGAUGCAUGCGUUUCUGCUGCUGCUCAUGGUGCUCUGGAGCUCGAUGGGCAUGUCCGAGGCGGCGCAGACAACAAAAUUAUCUAUGGAGGAGGAGCAGCUGAAGCAGGAUCUCAAUUGGGAUGUGGAAAGGUCGUUAUACAGCGAUUAUUAUGUGUCCUUGCGACAGCAGCAAAAGGACGCCACUCGCCAUGGCGCCGGUCAUGUCUGCGGUGGCUCGCUCAUCAGCCACAGCGUGGUGCUAACAGCUGCGCAUUGUUUCGUGGAUCAAACGCGUUUUGAUGGCACUUUUCUGAACAAGUCGAGCUUCGUCGUCGCGCUGGGCAACAAGCAACACCUGAUGAUCAACGAGAACACGCUGUUCUUUGGUCUGCACACGGUGCUGGUGCAGGCGAAGCGGUUCGAUAUGAAUACUUAUGAGAAGGACAUCGCUUUGAUUAUACUCAGCGGGAGGGUGCCGCCGUUUGUGCAGCCCGUUCAGCUGGCCAAGGCCACGUUUCCUCCGCUGACCAGCUGCCAGAUAUCCGCGUGGAACAACAAUCAGAUCGAGUACUUCCUCGGCCAGUUGGUCAGCGUGAAUGUGACUCUGGCUGAGCGGCAGCUAUGCCAGGUGAGCCAGCAGGCGCUCUUGCCGGGCAUGAUGUGUGCCCAGAACGCGAACGAGCGCCAGCUGGAGCCUUGCACGGCAGAUGGCGGCGGCCCACUGGUCUGCCAAGGGCAGCUGGUGGGCAUCAGCUCGUGGGGCAUACGAUGCGGCGUGCCGGGCCGCUUCGGCGUCUACACCAGUGUGCAGUUCUACAAAUCUUGGAUAGACGAGACCAUCAAGCGUUCCGAUAUGCAUGAGCAGCGACGGGGCAAGCAGGUUGACUUUGCCGAAAAAGCUGAGCGGGGCACGGAUUUCGAGACUAGUGAUGACUUGGACAUUGAGUACGAGCUCAGUCAAGGUGGCAUGCUCUCCGCGAGUGGCAACAAUUUCGAAGCGUUUCGCAUGCAUGUGUCUGUCUUAGUCAUGCUGAGUCUAUGCCGCCUCUAAAAAUCCGCGGCACGGACGGCCUCUUGCAUUGGUGCAGAGUCCAUUCCGUUCCUACUUUUUGAACUCUCCGGCAUCCAAGAGGAGGUGCGGACCGGUUUUUUUUUUUACAUAUUGUUUACUCUUUAUCAGUGUGUGACGAAGCCGCAAAAUCCAUUGCAUUCGGAGCUAUCCUAGGUAGGGUUUAUUUCACUUAAUUUUAAGUGAUUGAAACGAGGAAACGCACUUAAGCUCAUAAUCAACAUAUUGAAUAUUCACGAGGCAUCUGUACAUUUUCAUAUUUAGAUCUUUGUAGUAUUUUGUAUUUGCUCGCAAUAAAUACAUGCAUGAAGU